AUAGGAGAUUGUGCAUAAAUGGAACACCAUGGAUUUGGCAUCUCCUAGAAGAAUGUGUCGAGAAUGCGUGGGAGUAUUGGAGCGUUGUCAUAGGACUGAUUUCCAUUGUCUGUUUUCUGUUUGCUGCACUACCGUAAGUUUAAAGUCUUAAGCAGUCCUCAGAUUGAAACAUGAGUAAUCUUGCCUGAAGCCUUUUUCAAAAGCUGCCUUUUUUUUUUAUUUUAUCUUGGAUAUGUUUCUCUAUCUGCAUAAUACAGAUAUAAUAUGCCAGAGAAGCAUGUUGUUCAUGUUUGCAACAAUAUUUAGUGGUUGACAAAUGAGCUUGAUGUACUGUUCUGUUGUACUGACUUGACACUAAUCUCUGCCACUUAGAGCAAAUGAGAAUAAAUCACCUCUUCUCUCUUAUCUUCUCCACCCUGAGAUGUGUGUGCACGCGCAGGCACACUUGCAGCAGAAGCUGGCUCGGUGUUUAUUUAAACCACAUGCUUUGUCGCCAGUACUGUUGUGCUGGCUCCUGCCAAUGAAAUUUGGAUUGAGAAAAGGUCAGAAGCAGCACAUGAGUUAGCACUUCGCUAGUGCUAAAUCAGUUGCUGUUUGGUCGCUGGCACUGGGUUCAAGUUUCAAAUAUGUAGGUAGGAGAUGACAAAGGAAAAGUAGAAAUGCUCCCAGCAGGUGAAAAUGCUUGAAACAAAAUGGGAUUGACUCCAAAGCCUGUCCCCAUAAGGGGAUAUAAUUUACUGAACUAGUAAAAGGGCUAUGGAAAUCAAGCAAAAUAAAACCACCCUUAGUAAGCUGUUGAGCUUCAGAAAUAUUAGUUGAAAUAUUAGUUGAAAGGGGGCUUUACAUUAAAACUGUCAUGUUAGUGAGCAUGGAAUUCAUCAAGAUAUGUCCAAUGGACUCACGUUUGGGAUUGCUUCGUAGUCCCUAUUGUGAAUCUGAAUAAAAAUUCUCCAAUUUAGAGGCAUAAGUGUAGUUGUCAACUCUUUUAGAAGCUUUGUUCCAUCUUAGCCCUUCUAUGUUAAGUAACAGUGUUUUUCUUAUUUCAGUAUUUUAAAAGCUGGUAUUUACAGCAGAUGAAUAUAAAACGCUUAUGGCAUAGUUCUGGUGUCCAGAAAAUGGUUAUUUCAGUGCAGGCCACAAAAAAGGAGCACAUGCAAGCAGUAAUGAGGUUGUGAUUUGAGCCUUUUGUUAUGCUAGAGUAAGACAUGGCGAGCUAUAGUGAUACUGAGUUCUUCUUCAAAAGGUAAGUGGAGUAUUGCUGCGAUAGGUCUCUUGUGGUUAGAGUUUUAAUCUUUCUUUAUUCAGAUUUUGAAAAAUGUACUUUUGAACUUAUUAAAUGUUUUUGCUUACACUAUUUUACAAUUACUUCUGGAAUUUGUGCCAGUCAAAUUUACAUUGCCUGUCAGAAUGGAAGAGUGGAUCAAGCACUGUCUUUGGGCUUUCUGCUGUGUUGGAUAGCUGGAGAUCUUACAAAUUUCAUAGGCUGCUAUUUAACAAAUCAACUGCCAAUUCAGGUAAUCUGUCAAUACUCCUACUUCUUGAUUUAUUCUUUUCAAACAGUCUCUUUAAACUGUAGGAUAACUUAAUAUUGCACAGUCAAGUAUGUACUGGGAAAGGAAAUGUUUUUGUAUUCUGUUCACUGAUCUACAAUCCAUAAAGUAAGUCAUAAUUUCCCAAAUACAUACAUUGAUGCUGUUAUGUGUUAUAGAAACCAUUUCACACUUGUAAUUAACAUUUGGAAAGACUUACUGGGUGUUACUCAAUGAUGAAUGAAGUGAGGAAUUUUCAGUUAAGCUUCAGCUUCAAAGUAAGCUUGCAGAACAAAUAGGGCUGGAAGGAAGUUGUGUUGUUUAGCUUGUAAUAAAUCAAGAAGUUUUGGGGUUCCUACUCUCGAAACUUGCUUUUUCUUUUUUUUUUUUUUUUUUUAGGAAAACUGUUUAUUAGCAAAGAAAUACUAGUUCAAAGUUGUUAAUCUGACUAAUUUGAAAAAUGUAUUUUCUUUGUUAAGGCAAGGGUUUCUUUGAAAGAAACAGUAGCUGUCAGCGAUUAAUUGUGUCUGAAACUUUCUUACCUGCUGUGUUUAUUUUUUAUUCUUAAUUAAAAGAGAAAGAGGUAUGUGACAGCCACCUGCAGAAGUCUUCACAAGCUGGAGAUGGACCCCAAGGGUGGACAGAGUUCUCUUCUCUUUUACAACUUAAAGUGUGGCACUAACCAUUUCAUCUCCCCAUUAUGAAAAGGGGAAGAAAGAAUGACAUUUUUGUCUUAUUGAAGGAAGAAGCACUGAGUUAGAUCAGUAGCUUCCGAAGUGCUGGAAAACUAGGUGGAUGGAGCAGACUUAAGCUUCUGGGCAAGAAGGACUUAUCAGUCUGCCCAGAUUGUCACUGCCAUUUUUUAUGUUAACAUGGAUAUAAUUAUGAUUUCACAAUUUGUCUACUAUAAGCUCAAGAAGCAGAUGACAAAACGCAGCAAAAGCCUGAAGAAUUUCUGUGUAACCUGGAUCAUUGUGUGUACAGCGCUGGGUGUUAUUUUACCCUGUCAGCUGUUACUAAGAAACCAAGACCAGAGUACAGUAAUCGAAAGGAGUAAUAACUCUCUUGAUAUGAUUGAAAUGUCAGGCUUCAUUUGUGGCUAUAUAUCCUGUGUGUUUUACUUGGGAAGUAGAUUUCCUCAGCUUUAUAAAAAUUUCCGAAGAAGAUCAACAGAAGGCACCUCUUACCUGCUGUUUGCAUUAGCCAUGAUGGGAAACUGUACAUAUGGACUGAGCCUUGUUUUAAAGAUGCCAGCUACCGCAUCCUUCCGGACCCUGUACUUUUUACACCAUCUUCCAUGGCUCAUUGGGAGCUUUGGAGUUUUGUUUCUAGACAUUUUUGUGACUGCGCAAUUCAUCCUGUAUCGUCAGCACGAGGCAAGACAAUCUGGUGUGGUAGCGCUGGAGGUGGAACCAUUGCUGGUGAACGAGGAGACCGCGUAGCGUCGGGCUGGAUUCGGCUCCUGGCUUCGUUGGAUUUUGCUCUUGGAUGACUUUGACAAACAGCUGCUUAGGGACCAAAUUUAUUACUUCUUUUUUAGUAUUUAUUUUGUCAUUCAUUUGUCAUUACUUACUUGCAAAUGACAUGUCAAUAAUAAGAUAUUUAAUAUUUACUGUGUUGUUUCAGGAUAGAUACAAUUUUUUUUUCUUGAUUUCUGCCCCCCCGCCCCCCAGCCGAUUGUAGCUGUUUCUCCCCAAAGCGUGAUAUGGAGUCACAGCAACAGCUGCUGUAGAAAUAUUUAUUUGACAUCAUGAUGCAAUGCGUAUCGUGGGAUGACUAUUUAUUUUUAGAUGAGCGUGUACCUCUAGUUAACAGUAGCGUGGCUGGUUUAAAAACAAUGGAUGAGAUUAUCCCCGUGCCUGAACCCAGCCUGGAGUUAUGGGCUGCUCCGUCCAGGUGCGUUGUAUGGUAAGAUUUGGCCUUUUUAUUCAUACUCAAUCAGAAGGAAAAAGCAUCCUCUAAUUAAGCAAAUUCAGCGCAGAGGACCCGUUAUUGAUACAAAAGCAGAAUCCUGGUGUAUGUUGGUGGGAGCCUCAUGUACAGCUCAUUGCAGAGUGCUACUAUGCAUUUUAUUCUUAAGAGUUAAAGCAUUUAUACAUCAAUACCUGUGUAAUUACUGUAUGUCAUCAUAUACCCCAUAUAAUAUUUUUGUACAACGUGCAUUUUCUUAGCGAGCUUCUGGUUUAGAUAAGUACCACAGAGAAAAAAAAUUAGAAGCUAAGGAGACCGUACCUUGCAGUUGUGGAUUUUUUGCAAAACUCUGUUGUGUUUGAAGAAAACUUCCAUGAAAUUAGCUCAAAGAAUAAACUUCUUGUUAAUAUUUCA